CAAAGUUGUGGUGUGCUGAGGAACUUGUGUAGUCCCUGGAUGCCCCCAAACUGGAGGAGAUAAAGCCCGCAGCGGUAAAACGAUGGGAAGUGCUAUUCUUUGGUGGAGCAGCUUAUCUGUCAGACUGGUGUCUGUCUACUUGCUGUGUGCAUCAGCUGGAAAGCAAUGUCAGAUCCGAAAUGAAAUGGCUGACUGCAGUCACCUAAAGCUGACUCAAAUUCCUUCUGAUCUCCCAAACAAUAUUACGGGUUUGGACAUUUCUCAUAAUCAGCUAAGACAGCUAGGUCCUGCAAAUCUGACCAAGUACAGCCAGCUGGUUUAUUUGAAUGCAGGCUACAACAGCAUCUCUAAACUGCAACCAGAAUUGUGCCAAAAUGUGCCCCUGUUGCAGAUUCUGAAGUUAGAACAUAACGAAUUGUAUAAGCUCCCUGACAGAGCCUUUGCUUCCUGCACCAACCUGACUGAGCUCAAUCUAGGAUACAACAGAAUAGAUAUAAAAAAUGAUCCUUUCAAAACCCUGGAGAACUUGAAUAUUUUGGACCUAUCUCAUAAUUUUUUGAAGUCAGCAAACUUAGGAUUGCAGCAACAGUUGGAGAAUCUUCGUGAGCUCAUGUUGGAUAGCAAUCAAAUCACUGAGUUAAAAAAGGAAGACUUUCAUUUUCUAAGCAACGCCUCAUUGAAUAGUCUUGAUUUGUCAUCAAAUCCACUGAAAGAGUUUCACACAGGAUGUUUACAUGCAAUUGGAAAUCUGUUUGGCCUCAUACUGAACAAUGUUGAACUUGGUGAAAAUCGCACAAAGAAACUUUGUACAGAAUUAUCAAACACAGCGAUUCAGAACCUCUCACUGAGCCAUGUGAAGCUUUCAUACAUUGGCAAGUCAACUUUCCAGGGACUGCAAGGAACAAAUCUUACAGUUUUAAACCUUUCCCAAAAUUCUCUGUCUGUGAUAGAAGAUGACUCAUUUCAGUGGCUUUCAAGUUUACAAUACUUAAACCUGAAGCAUAACAACAUUCAUGUAUCUUCACGUUUAUUUAAUGGAUUAUCCAGCCUCAAACAUCUUAAUCUGAUAAAUUCGCUUACUGGGAAAAUUGAAGAUUUUUCCUUUCAUUGGUUAUACCACCUGGAGUACCUUAUAAUGGAUAAUAACAAUUUUCCAGGAAUUACUGCUAAUAUGUUCACAGGUCUGAACAACCUGAAAUACUUGAGUCUCUGUUACUGCAACAUAAACUUACAAAGAAUAACUAAUAAAACAUUUUCAUCACUUGCUAAUUCCAGUUUGCAGGUUCUCAACCUCACAAAAACAAGAAUCUCUACAAUAGAAAGUGGGGCAUUUUCCUCCUUGGGACACCUGAAAAUUCUCGAUCUUGGUCUCAAUGAAAUUAGUCAAGAGCUCACAGGUCAUGAGUUUAAAGGUCUCAAUAACAUACAAGAUAUUUAUCUUUCUUAUAAUAAAAACUUGACUUUGCGAAGUGAAUCAUUCAUUUUUGUCCCAAGCCUUAGAAAACUGAUGCUGAGGAAGGUAGGUUGCAGUAAUCUGGCGCUUUCUCCUUCGCCUUUUCAUCCUCUACAAAACCUGACCGUCCUGGACAUCAGCAAUAACAACAUAGCAAACAUAAAAGAAGACUUGUUCGGUGGACUUCACAAACUUGUCAUUCUGGAUUUGCAGCACAAUAAUUUAGCCCGACUUUGGAAACAUGCAAAUCCAGGUGGCCCUGUUGUUUUUUUAAAAGAUCUUCCCAACUUGCGUAUUCUCAAUUUAAAAUCAAAUGGGCUUGAUGAGAUUCCAGCUCAGGUUUUCAAGGGUCUGUCCCAAUUAAAAAACUUGGAUUUAGGAUCAAAUAAUUUGAAUUUGCUUCCGGCAACUCUGUUUUAUGACCAAGCCUCUCUGAAUUCAUUGAACCUUCAGAAAAAUCUGAUAACCUCAGUUGAAGAAAAAGUGUUUGGCCCAGCUUUCAAGAGCUUGAGAAUACUGGAGAUGGAUUCCAAUCCAUUUGAUUGCACCUGUGAAAGCAUUGCUUGGUUUGCUGAUUGGCUGAAUGUGACCCAAGCAUAUAUACCUGGAUUGAGGUCCCAGUACAUUUGCAACACCCCACCUAAAUAUCAUGGCAGUCUGGUGUUGCAUUUUGAUAGCUCAGCCUGCAAAGACAGUGCUCCAUUUAAACUUCUGUUUGUGAUCACUACCGCUACUGUGAUGCUAGUAAUUUUUAUCGUUUUUAUCAUCCAUUUUGAAGGGUGGAGAAUAGCUUUCUACUGGAAUAUUUCGGUAAAUCGAAUACUCGGUUUUAAAGAACUUGACAGACCACAGGAAGAGUUUGAUUAUGAUGCCUACAUUAUUCAUGCAAAACAGGACACGCAUUGGGUAUCUAAGAAUUUCACGUCUCUGGAAAAAAAUAACCAAUUUCAAAUUCGUUUUUGUUUAGAAGAACGGGACUUUGAAGCUGGCAUAUCUGAAUUUGAAGCCACAAUUAACAGUAUAAAAAUGAGCAGGAAGAUUAUUUUUGUUGUGACUGAACACCUCUUACAGGAUCCCUGGUGCAAAAAUUUUAAGGUGUAUCAUGCUCUUCAGCAAGCUAUUGAACAAAGUCGGGACUCCAUCAUAUUGAUCUUUCUUCACGAUAUCCAAGAUUACAAGUUGUAUCAUGCACUUCACCUGAGAAGAGGAAUGUUCAAAUCUCACUGCAUCUUGAACUGGCCAGCCCAGAGAGAACGAGUCAGUGCAUUUCAUCAGCAAUUAGUGAUGGCACUUAAAUCUAAUAGUAAAGUGCACUGAAUUUUGAAAGUACAGAUUUGAAUUAUGGGGUCAUUUUAUUGCAUAUUUUCUAUCAUUGGAAAACUAUCAAGCCUUCAG